AUGAUGAAUGAUACAACCAUCACCACCGCCGACUUGCUACCACUCAGGAAACAUGCAACCUCUCUAUUCUUUGACAUUGGUGGCCAUUUUCAAGAUCCUAUCGCCAUUUCCCAAAAACUGCGACUCUUGCAACGACACUCAACUUAUUUGGCAACGCUUGAUAAUGUUGCAUUCAUGAUUUGGCCCGAUGGUCCAAUAUCACAAGUAGUUCAAGAUCUAAUCGAGACGAUUGUAUGCUGUUCCAACCAGGGAUGUUCCUUUGUGCGACUCAUCUUUCACGAAUACGAUGUUUCCGAUCGAAACCAUUUAGCCGUGGUCCAAGCGGCCUGUCACCAUAGGCUCUUUCGAAUGUUGGCCGUAUAUUCCAUUGUCAAUGAUCCAGUCAAUGAAUUGACACUAAAUGCCUUGAAGGAUGCAAUAAUCUUGAAUCAAGACUUGAAAGCAAUAAACUUGUUUCUGGAAGUACCCGGCACUUCCUUGGACAUUUUGGGAGAGGGAUUGAGGAAAACGAAAAGUUUGGAAACCCUAUCCAUUGGUUUUGGUCGUCAAGAAUUGAACCAACAUUGCCCACCACCACUUGGUUUCCUCCAAGGACUAAAGGACAAUCACACAUUGCAGUCGCUAUCGUUACGGAGCUUGCCCACAGAAGCGUGGACAAAAGAAAUGCUCCAAGCGCUGCUGGACAAUCCAACUUUGGAAACGCUGAGCGUGACACAUUCUUCUUGGGGAAUCUCGAGCGUUGCGGCACUCGGCUCGCUACUCGCUUCCUCCCAUUGUAGAAUUGCUGCCUUGACUCUUUCAGACCCACGCGUCGCCUCUCGUCAAGUACUGUUGGACAACCUUGGGGAUAUCUUGAAAAAGAGCAACCAAUCCAUUCAAUCGCUCGGGCUGAGAUAUUUCGGAUUGGAUGAUGUAGCAUUUUCCACCCUGUGGACAGGACUAUCUGCUCUGAAACAACUGGUCAGUUUGGAUGUGGAAGACAAUGAAAUCACAUCCUUACAUUUGUUGUUGAAGUCCAGAAAGGUGGCACGACGGCUGAAACGUCUCAACAUAGAUGACAAUCCCAUAUUAGAAUUGGAGGCUAGCCAAAAAGAAAUGGCAAGUGGACUAUUUCAAUUUCUUAAAGCACACACCCAGCUACAAUCCCUCGGGCACUCCUUUGCCAAGCCCCAGCCAAAACUACAACAUUUGUUGGAUCGGAAUGCCAAUGGCCGCAUUUUGUUUUGCAAUCAUGCUGACGACAUGGUGCAUUCAUUAUCGAUUUGGCCAAGAGUCUUGGAACGCACAAACAAUAAUCUUCAAGAACAUCCUGUUCGGCAAGCUAGUGUCGUGUACGAUUUGAUCCGUGGUCUUUCGGGAAGCUUAUAA